AUUCCAGUUACAGGUAUAAAUACCAAACUAUUCGAGUGUGAGUGAGGAACUCAAUUCUCAGCAAUGGCGUUUUCCGAGGCCUUCCAUGAACGACUUGAACGAAUGGAACUUGAUCGUAACAAACGUCUCUCUCUUCUCCAGGCAGAGAAAGAGUUGCAAUCGAACAAGUCUCUCGUCCUGGCAUCGAAGCUGGCGGAAAUUCGAGCCACCGAACAGAGAUGCUUUGUGCUCGAUCAGAAAAUCGCCGCCCAAAAUUUCAAGAUCUUAGCUCUUAAAACCGAAAUCGAAAUGAUCGAUUCCAAAUACGAAACGGAUUCAAAUCAGCUGAGGGUUUUGAUGAUUGAAGCAGAGGAUCUGGAGGACUUGGAGAAGCAGAAAGAUCAGUUUUAUGAGUCGAAGAUCUCUGAAAUGAAAGAGUUCAAACAAAAGGUAGAGAGAUUUGGUAAGGAAUUAAGAAUGCGAGUACAAAAUUUGAAAUGUAGUCUGAAUCAGUUGCAGAAGAGCUUUGUGAAAUUUCAAGGCAACAAUGGAUAUAGUAGUAAUUCUGAAAUAGCUAAAGCUGAGAGGAUGAAGUCUCAACUCUUGGUUGCAAAACAUGAAUUGGAUAAGAAUUUGGCUUCCAAUUUCAGAAUGAAAACACAUUUGCAGAUGGAACUUCAGAGUAUCUCAUCUAUACAUAAUACCAAAUAACUAAACAAGGUAUGUUUAAUGAUUGAGAACUAUGAACCUAUUUUGGUACAUUGUCAAAGUCCUUGAAAAUAACUUGAUAUGAAUAUUGGUACAUUGUUGAUCGUUAUGAAAGAAUUCCAUGAGCUAAUAAUAAAAUCAUGAAGAAUCGUUAAAGUGUGUAGAAACUUGUGUUUUUUCAACCCCUAAUAUACUAAUGUGAAGGAUCGUUGAUAGUAACACAGUUCAUAAUCACAAUUGAAAAGAAGCAUUUGUGAUAAGUCUCAGAUAAUGAAAACUUAUAACCCAUAUGCUUUUGAUAUUGGUACUUAGGAUGUGACUUACAAGUUUCAUAGACCAAUGCUUGACCAUUAACAGACCUCGCAAUGUACUGAAAUUACAAAUAGAGAAAUAGUUGAUUAACUCAGAGUUGAAUCAGCUUAACAACAUUUGAUAAUGGAAGAGUAGUUGGGUUCUCUGCUAGUUUUGCAGUUUUGCUUGAGCUUCAAUUCAACUCUGGCUGAGGCAAUAGCAUUAAAACAAGCUUUAUCAUGGUGUCAAGGUGUUAAGUUCCAAUUUAGGUAUAUAAAAACUGAUUCACAAGGACUUGCAAUUAAUAUAAUUGAUUGUAUCUAAGAAGGGAAGACAAGAAUAUGGCUCAUGUUAUUUGCAAA